AUGCCCGAUACACUCCCCAGGACAAGAUAUAUUCGAGACACGCGUGAGCUCGGCUGGCUAGAAGGCGUGACAAUCAACAGCGCAUCAUCUGAGGCGUCGGAAAAGAAGCCACUAUGUCACUUCUUCGGCGGCAUCCCCUAUGGAAUUCCACCCAUCGAUGAACACAGAUUCCGCCAAGCAAGACCUCUACCUCAGACGUGGCGAUACGGGACAAGAUCAAAUCCUGCACGGUUCACGGGCGAAUGCAGCGUCUGCCCCCAACCCAAAGCGAAAGGGGCCACCAGCGAAAAACACUGGGAUGAGAAUUGCCUGCAGUUAAAUAUCUACAUCCCCGUCGGUGCUCCGCCUCCGAAAGGAUGGCCGGUGUUCUUCUACAUCCAUGGUGGAUUUUUACAAUGCGGCUCGCCGAACAACAAACCCGAGGCGAUGGCACGAUUACUGGGUGAGACCGAGUUCCAAGCCAUCAUCGUCGCUCCGGCAUACCGAUUGAAUGUCCUCGGCUUCCUCGCCAGCCGGGAACUACAGAGCGAGGCAUACAGUGUCGGCGAACCUGCUGGCAAUCAAGGACUAUGGGACCAGCGGCUCGCACUCGAAUGGACGGCAAGAAACAUUAGAGUUUUCGACGGCGAUGCCGAGAACAUCACAGUAGGAGGAUAUUCCGCUGGCGCAUACUCCGUAUUCCAUCAGCUCGCACACGAACUCUUUCAGGAAACGACACGGAAGCCAAUCAUUUGUCGGGUCAUCAUGUGGGGCAAUGGGCCCGGCGUACAGCCCAGGAGUAUGUCGGAACAACAGAGACAGUUCGAUGAGCUCCUGGGUGUCCUCGAUAUCUCGCUUGCCCUACCCGUCAAGGAGAAAUUGCAGCGAAUAAGAGCGACCGCCGCGAGCAAACUGGUCGCAGCUAUCGAAGACAUGCAACUGACCGAGUUUAAGCCCUGGUCAGAUGGCAUCUUCGUCCCGCGCGACCUAUUCAAGCACAUCAACAAAGGCGAAUUCGCCCGAAGGAUGAAGCAACGAGGGAUCGCGCUCAUGAACGGCGAAUGCCGCGACGAGCAUCACGUGUAUCAGCAAUGGCGCACCCCACUGGAUUCCUACGAUGCCAUGUACACGCGCCUCUGCGCCGACUACCCGGAACGCGCGGUCAAGGCGAUCCUCGCACACCAUUGUGGUGGUGGUAGCAAACAGGCGCCGCUACCGGCAGGCGUGAAGGACUGGCGGGAAGCUUUCGGACACAUCUACGCGAACACACAGAUCCACUUACUGGAACGGGGGUUCAACGAUGCGCUCGUCCGCGGUGGACUCGAGGUGGGCAAACACCUGCUACGCUAUCGAAUUGAGUGGCGCGCGAAAUUGACCGAUGGGAUGUUUCCGCUCGAAUGGGGCGUUACACACUCUUCAGACCUCGCGAUUUGGUUUUGGGGGAUGAAUAUCGGUGGAGGGUUGUCGGAGGAUGAGAAGAGGGUGCUUCGACCCUGGAAUGAGCGGUUUGCGAGAUUCGUGCAAGGGAAGGAUGUGCCGUGGGCGGCUGGCGGCGAGAGGGAAAUGUUACGCCUGAAUGCAAACGGCGAAACAGAGGUCUGGACUGAUGAGGACUGGGAGGAAGGAGUCGAGCUUUGGCGGGUCGUCAACGGAGGUGUCUCGCCCGGUCUGUUGAGCUGGAUGAAAUCUAGAUUGUGA